AUGAACCCAGGCGGGCCACCCCCAUACGGGUACCCCCCGCAGCAGCCGGGGUACCCUCCUCAGCAGGGAUACCCGCCACAACAGCAACAAGGGUACCCCCCGCAGCAACAAGGGUACCCUCCUCAGCAGGGAUACCCGCCACAACAGCCAGGGUACCCUCCUCAGCAGGGAUACCCGCCACAACAGCCAGGGUACCCGCCACAACAGCCAGGGUACCCGCCACAACAGCCGGGGUACCCGCCACAGCCGGGGUAUCCUGCUCAUGGACAUGGACACAAACAUGGGCACAUGCCCGGCUACGCGUACGCCCAGCCUGCGUACGUCGCGCAGCCUGGCGUGAUCCUGGCUGGAGGUAAGAUGAAGCACGGCAAGAUGAAGCACGGCAAGCACAAGGGCUACAAGUUUGGCAAGCACAAGGGCCAUAAGCACAAGGGCCAUAAGCACAAAGGGUUUAAGGGUAAAGGGUUCAAGAAGGUGGGCAAGAAGAUGAAGAAGAUGUUCAAGUAA